AUGUUCUCAGGACAAAUUGGACAGGGUGUCGAUAUGGCUGCAUUAAUCAUUCAAAUGGGACGAGAUCACGAUAUUGUGGUCUUGAUGAAAUCCAGUCAUUUGCAUCCAUGA